AGUGAGAAAGAGAGAGAGAGAGAGAGAGAGAGCUUGAGUUUGUUGACAAUGGCGACGAUGCAAGAGAUUCGAACGGUGCAAGAGAGCCCGAGGAGUCCGGAGGCUCGGCUCGGAAUGAAGGUGGAGGAUCUGUGGGAUGUUCAGGGGGCACAGCUCAGUCCGACGGAGAAGCUCAACGCCUGCUUCGAGGGCGUCCCUGUCUCUGCUUUUCCUCCUGCUCCUUCUUCUCAUGUAAUUGAGAUAAGAUCAGAUGCCAGUCUUGCUGAAGCAGUUCAAAUAUUGUCCCAGCACAAAGUCCUUAGCGCUCCUGUGGUGAAUGUUGAUGCACCUGAAGAUGCCAGCUGGAUUGAUAGAUAUCUUGGCAUUGUUGAAUUUGCAGGAAUUGUUGUUUGGAUUCUACAGCAGUCAGAACCUCCAUCUCCCAGGAGUCCCAGAUCAGGAGCUGCUUUUGCUUUAGCAGCUAAUGGAGUAACUUCUGCUUCAGGGCUUGGAAACUUAGGUCCUGAACCUGCUGCUGAAACUUCUGGAAGCUUUUUUGAGGAUCUCACAACCUCUGAAAUCUAUAACAAUACCAAGGUACAAGAUAUUUCGGGGUCAUUUCGCUGGGCCCCUUUUCUUGCUCUGCCGAAGUCGGAUUCCUUUUUGACUAUGCUCUUGUUGCUAUCAAAGUACAAAAUGAAGAGUAUUCCUGUGGUUGACUUGGGUGAGGGCAAAAUUGAUAAUGUCAUUACUCAGUCUGCAGUAAUUCACAUGUUAGCUGAAUGCACUGGCCUUCAUUGGUUCGAAAGCUGGGGAACUAAAAGGCUAUCUGAACUUGGGCUCCCCCUCAUGCCUCCUAAUCAAUUAGUCAAGGUGUAUGAGCAUGAACCAGUGAUGCAGGCAUUUAAGCUAAUGAGGAAAAGAAGAAUUGGAGGGAUUCCUGUUGUUGACAACAGUGGUAAAAAGGCAGUGGGCAAUAUAAGCAUACGAGAUAUCCAAUUCCUUCUGACUUUGCCAAAGAUCUACCAUGACUACAGAUCAGUUACAGCAAAAGGCUUCCUGACUGCUGCUAGAAACUAUCUGGAGAAGCAUCAAGAAGCCUCCCCAAUGUUGGGCAGCAUGAUAACAUGCAAAAGCGAUCAGACUAUCAAGGAGCUAAUUUUGACGCUGGACUCCCACAAAAUACAGAGGAUAUACGUUGUAGAUGAUGGUGGGAACCUACAAGGUGUUAUCACUCUGAGAGAUAUCAUUUCGAAACUAGUCCACGAGCCGCGUGGCUAUUUUGGUGACUUCUUUGACGGAGUUCUACCUCUUCCUCAGAACAGCAGGGUCUGAUGAGGCUUUUUCAUCAACCUUACUGACUGUCUCCUAGUCGACUGACAUCUUUUCUGUUUCUGUUGGAUGCCACUUCACUUUGUUGUACGCGGCGGUUUUGGCUAACGAAUAAUUUGUGUUUGUAAAUAGGCAGGCAUAAUGAGUUUGCCUCCUCAAGAAAUGUUACUCUGUUCGUAGUUUGCUGUGCGGGAGAACUGUGGGCAAACUUGCUUAUAUUGUCAAAUAACAGCUUUUCCAUCUCUUCCCAA